AUGCUCCCCUUACGCUCAUGCAAGCGUAACUUGGGCCCUGCCCGCAGAUCGGACGCUCUAGGCUUGGUCUGCUUAAUGUGUCUGACCCUAUGGUUGACACUGGCAACAUGCCAGCGCUUUGACCCCAGCGCCAAGUAUCCCACAGUCACUACUAACUACGGCAAACUACGGGGCAUCAAAAAAGAGCUCAACAAUGAAAUCCUGGGCCCUGUGGAGCAGUACCUGGGGGUCCCAUACGCCACCGCGCCCAUCGGAGACCGACGCUUCCAGCCCCCAGAGGCUCCAGGCUCAUGGCAGGAAGUACGAAAUGCCACACAGUUUGCCCCCGUAUGCCCCCAGAACCUACACGGAGUGCUGCCAGAGAUUAUGUUGCCCGUGUGGUUCACAGACAGCUUGGAUGUGGCGGCCACCUACAUCCAGAACCAGAGUGAAGACUGCCUCUACCUCAAUGUCUACGUGCCCACGGAGGACGGUCCGCUCACAAAAAAACACGAUGAAUCUUCAAUGAACCGGCCGCGAGACGAAGAUAUCCGUGACCGCAGAAAGAAGCCUGUCAUGCUGUUCAUUCAUGGAGGCUCAUAUAUGGAAGGAACCGGAAACAUGUUUGAUGCAAGCGUGUUGGCAGCUUACGGCAAUGUCAUCGUGGUCACCAUGAACUACAGACUGGGAGUGCUAGGUUUUCUCAGUACAGGAGACCAGUCUGCUAAGGGGAACUAUGGGCUGUUGGAUCAGAUCCAGGCUUUGCGCUGGCUGAAUGAGAAUAUUGGUCAUUUUGGGGGCGAUCCAGAGCGCAUCACAAUUUUCGGCUCCGGAGCUGGAGCCACCUGCAUCAACUUACUGAUCCUGUCCCACCACUCAGAGGGACUCUUCCAGAGAGCCAUCGCCCAGAGCGGCUCAGCCAUCUCCAGCUGGUCCAUCAACUACCAGCCUCUGAAGUACACCAAGAUCCUGGCACGCAAGGUGGGCUGCACUUAUGGCGAGACGGCCGACCUGGUGGACUGCCUGCGGAGGAAAAACUUCAGGGAGCUGGUGGAUCAGGACAUCCAGCCCGCACGCUACCACAUCGCCUUUGGGCCUGUGGUGGACGGAGACGUGGUGCCGGAUGACCCUGAGAUCCUCAUGCAGCAGGGGGAGUUCCUGAAUUAUGACCUAUUGAUUGGAGUGAACCAAGGGGAGGGGCUGAAGUUUGUGGAUGAUGGUGGCUCAGAGAGCGAGGAGGGAAUUUCUGCAGCUGCCUUCGAUUACACUAUCUCCAACUUUGUGGACAACCUUUAUGGAUAUCCUGAAGGUAAAGACAUACUGAGGGAGACCAUUAAGUUUAUGUACACAGACUGGGCGGAUCGUGAUAAUGGUGAAAUGCGCCGAAAGACCCUGCUAGCAUUAUUCACAGACCACCAAUGGGUGGCACCCGCAGUGGCCACUGCCAAGUUGCAUGCAGAUUAUCAGUCGCCGGUCUACUUCUACACGUUCUACCACCACUGCCAAACAGAGACACGGCCAGAGUGGGCAGACGCUGCACAUGGGGAUGAGAUACCUUAUGUGUUUGGUGUGCCCAUGAUCGGAGCAACUGACCUGUUCCCCUGCAACUUCUCCAAAAAUGAUGUCAUGCUCAGUGCUGUGGUCAUGACCUACUGGACCAACUUUGCCAAGACUGGGGACCCUAACUUACCAGUUCCUCAGGACACCAAGUUCAUCCACACCAAGCCUAACCGCUUUGAGGAGGUCAUCUGGACCAAGUUCAACUCCAAGGACAAGCAGUACCUGCACAUCGGCCUGAAGCCUCGUAUCCGUGACAACUACCGGGCUAAUAAGGUGGCCUUCUGGUUGGAGCUGGUCCCUCACCUUCACAAUCUACAUGACGAGCUCCUGAGCUCCACCACCACUCGCUUACCAAUAGGGACCACCCGGCCUCCAACCUGGAAGGGUCAGGGCCCCCGCACCACCCGUCUGCCGUAUCCCACCUUCCCUCCAGACCCAGAUCCAGAAGGAUCUGAGCGGCCUCGCUUCUCGCCUUUUCCCAGUGACACGCGAGACUAUUCAACAGAGCUUAGUGUGACGGUUGCCGUGGGUGCCUCACUCCUCUUCCUCAACAUUCUGGCCUUUGCUGCACUCUACUACAAGCGAGACAAGAGGCACGAGAUGCGCCGACAUCGCUUGUCCCCCCAGCGCGGUGUUCCAGCUAAUGACUUAGCGCACAGCCAGGAAGAAGAGAUAAUGUCCUUGCAGAUGAAGCACUCUGAACACGAUGCCCACCAUGACAUGGAACCGCUGCGGCCGCAUGACAUCCUGCGGCCUGCCUGCCCACCCGACUACACACUGGCACUGCGUCGGGCGCCCGACGACGUACCGCUCAUGACACCCAACACCAUCACCAUGAUCCCCAGCACCAUCACCGGAAUGCAGCCCCUCCACGCCUUCAACACGUUCCCCACCACUGCCACCGGUCACAACAACACCCUUCCCCACCAGCACUCCACCACUCGCGUAUAGUUACUGCCCUCUAGUGGAGAGAGGGAGGACAACAUGCCCUUUCACAUGACCCCUUUUACUCUCUCUCUCUGUUCUCCCUUUAAAGGCCCUCUCUCUUACAGUCCCAUAAUUCUCUCUGUUGAAGAAGCGCAGCAGCACCCCCUAGUUGUGUUCUCACAAAUCCAGAUAGACAGCAUGUAUUAGCUGUAAACGCUGUAGCCGUUGAGGCAGCUUCUUUUUCAGACUCUGUUAUGAGACAAGGCUGUGGUUGGCAGUGAUGCGUUGUCCAUUAAUGGUCACUUUCGUAUUCUUUUCCACAUUGCUGUAAGUGGAACCAAACAGUCAGUGGGCGAGCGAGUGUUUUUGUCAUGGCAGAUACAAUGCAGACAGAGAGAAGAGAGAGAGAGAACGACAGAGGGAUUUUUUUCUAGUUUUCUUUACUCCCCCUCUCUUACAUGAAACACUACAGUUAUCAGCCCUUCAUCUCAGCUCUCACCAGAUCCCUCUGAAGUCUUAUUCUCUUCCAUACUCUCUCCAUUGUUCCAUUACAGUGCUCUCAUUAUCAACCCAUUCUCCCCUCCUCUGAGCACUGUCUGAAAAUGCUCUGUGACCUUGUGUAAUGCACAGUGGAGUCAUUUUUUUAUAUACAAAACAGAACGUGCAGUAAGCAAACAACACAUGACGAUACAUGGAUACAUUCUCUCUACCAGCAAUCUUGGUGCCAUGUACUGUAGUAAACCCCGGCAACAAGAUAGACCAAGAGAUCAAACGACUAUGUCCUGGAACCGAAGAGAAAGUUAAAAGUGCCAACCUGAUCGCUCUCUAGCUUUUCUUUUCUUUUUUCACCUUCUUUUUUGUCAUUUCUACCCUAACAUCUGCUAGACUUUGGCUGUCUUUUUUUCUUAGAAAGAUUUGUACAUGUAUAGAUAUAGAUAUUAUAUAAAUAUAUAAAUAUAUAUAUAAAUAUAUAUAUAUAUAUUCAGAGAAUGAUAUAUAUUUAAAAGGUUUGCUCGGUGGGAUCUAUGCAUGAAAUAUUUUUAAAAUGACAAGGAGGAACUCGAAGGUAAACUCACAGCACACGUCUGAGGUAUUUGAGGUUUAAUUGUUCACAGUUUCUUCAUUUUUUGUUUACAGUUCAAAUUCAUGGAAAAAGCUGACUGCACUUAUCUGCAGAAGCAACUCGUCCUCAGUAGCACUUAACAAAUUAGUCAAACAUGCCAUAGAAGAGCUCCAGCUCCUUCUUUCCUGCCUUGCUCUUGCAUAUGACACCCCUUGCUUUUUAACCAGUCAUUUGAGACACAAGUCCUUUCAUACAUUCUUUCAUAUCAAUGUAUAAUUAUUGGUGCUAUUGUUUCAUAGUUGGCCGUUGACUAUGGCGGUACUAUAUCCUUGAGUACACUAGUGAACAGCAACAUGUCCAUGGUCACCUAGCCUGGCUAGCUGCCAUUACGCGAGCGAUAGACACAUGUAGCUAUUCUUAAGCUUGUGAAAUAGGGCUUGGUAAACUAGUUUACAGAGUUCAUUAUGUUUUUUCAGCAUUCACACUCUCUGUCAUAGCUUCAUUUUCACUCUCUCCUGCUGUUUGCACCUUUAUUUCCACAGCAUGCUAAUUCUGUUGGGGGGAGCGCUAAUCAUGUUUGCAUCAGAAUGUUAGAGUAUGUGUAUAUGAGCUGUGAGCUGACAGCAGUGCCUCACAACAAGACUGCUAGAGAAACUGAGAGAUGAAAAAUCUGAAUAAGAGUCAGAAACAUGGCUCGAUAACGUGUUCCUUUAGAAAAGACUUCCCUCGUUAGCUUUUUCCUUCUCUCCUCUCGUACUCUCAGCAUUCAGCCCCCUAGACUGCACAGCGUGGUGGGAAGUAGAGUGGUGGCGCAAAGAACGUAGUGAGUCUUUUUUAACUUUUUAGUGACGCAACUCCUCAAACAUAAAAUCCAUAUGUGGUGUAAUCAAACAUGUUCCUUCAAUGUGGUUACAACAAGCACAGAGAACAGAGAGAGCCCAGUGAGCUAGGCUAGGCUAACAAGAUUCAAAGCACCCAUUUCCAGUCUUCUGGAUGUCUGAGUGCUUUCUGGUAGCUAACCCAUGUUGUGCCUCAGUGGAUAGGCCUCAAGGACUCUCCAAAAUGGCUGUGCAAUGAAGGCAGACAUCAAAGGCCUGUGAGUCCUAUAUUAAAUUGGUCAUGACGAAUAAAAGCUCUUUCUGGAUGUUAUUGUUUUGGUGCCUGCUGAGCAUAUUAUUUUUCUUUCUCAACAAUAUGUAUAGCCUGUUAGGCUAAUGUAGCUCCGAUAAGAUUGACUUGAGGUCUAGGACAUGGGGUCUUUUCAUCAGAGACAGCAGGCACCUCAUACACACACAAAAUCAUAGGAACACAGUAUAAAUAUCCACCAUAUCUCUUCAUUGCCUUAGCUUUGGUUAGCGUUGCUGUCCUGAAUUCUGUGAGAGUGACAGGCUGUUGUGGAGGAGUGUCUUUUUCUACAGGCUCGUAUGUGGAACAACUGCUGGACUGCUGGUGUAGCCUACUGAGACUGAGCGGUCUCAGAGCGGGGGCUAACAGUCUGAUGCUGCACAGUGCACUGUAACAUAUGAAAAUAUUAGCAUUGCUGAACUAGCAUACUGGAGAUCCUGUAUGCUGGAUAGUGGAAACAAUUCAGUGCUGAAUCUUUGGUACUGGAUUUCUGGAGGCACACAAAACCACCAAGGCAGAAAAACAGAGGACUUUUGUGGCGUGAAAGCUACUGUGAAUAAUACUUCAGUAUGACUGGUUGGACCUUUGUGCCCCACUGAUGACUAUUUGUGGCAGGAAGCUUAUCUGAGCUCUGAACUUAGCUUACCAACUAAGCUUACGUGGACGUGAGGUGCAUACAAAACAACAUGAACUUUGAAAUUCUUCCUUUCUUUUAUUUUGCUCUGUUUUUGUAUGCUAAACCACUAGAGGGCAACAUUGUGGUAAAAUUACAGUAGAGACUUUUCCUCUUGAUGAAGGCGUACGGAAAGCAAAGGUCCUAAACAGAAAAGAGGACUUAACUGUACAUUUUUAAGUGUAAGAUCAAACCAACAAAAAUAUUUGUAAAUAUUCAGUUUCUUGUUUUUUUGUUUGUUUGUUUGUUUGUUUUCUGAGUGAAUGAAAUACUUACUUUGUGAGCAGGACAACAGGUGCAAGUUUGAAUUCAGCCACCAGCAAACUUCAGUAUAAAAGCCUGGUUUUCUGUUGUCUCAUUCAUUUUUAGGGCAUUAAGGAGUAAUGAUGCAGUGAUUUUAUGGUCCAGUUGGGUGCUCUUCUUUUCAGAUGAAACACAUUAAGUAGCUGAACAUCUAAUAUUUCCAGUUGCACUACUUUCGCUGAUCAUCACCAUGUUCAAUCAAACCCUUCACGUGAAACUCAUUCUGACAGUUUAACAAAGAGAAUUAUAGUUGUUCAAUUUAUUGCUGUGAAAUGGCAGCUCCUAUAAAGCUGCUCUGGACUUUUACAGGAUUUAUUACAAUCUAAAGAGCAACAUGGAGAUUUAGCAGGAUUUGAGCCUGGUUUUGUUGGUUACAUUUUGAUCAUUUCAUUUCAUUAUUAUAUUCAUUUUCAAAUUCAUGUACUAAAAAAUCACUGUAUUUCAGAAAGAAAUCACUAUAUUUUCAUGUUCUAGGGUUAGUAAUGCAGAGUUAAAGAAGCACAUUAUUAAUCUCCCUGGAGGAAAUAAGUCCUUUCUCAGCUUUGCUGAGUGGCUAUCUUGUACCUGUUGUCCUGUUUUUAAUUUCUUUGUUGAAAAUCAGAAACCCAAGACUUGAGAUGAAAAAACAUGUUAAUAAUGGAUUUAAAAAUAGAUGCUUAUUAAAAAAAGAAAACUAAAAAAUAUAUAAAUAAGGAGAUGAUAUUUCUGUUAAUUUAGAAAUUAUUACACACUGUAUGCUGUGACUCUGAUCUGGGGAACAUUAAAUACAUUCAUAGCCGACUCCUGUCAGUGUUUCUUUACUGAGUGUUUACUGUAUAAUCAUGCAACCCGUUUACUGAUCAUGCACAGUGUACCCUUACAAAACUGCACUGUAGUCUAGAUCAUAAGG